GAGCAGCUUCAAGAAACUCUUUGGGCUCGGCUGGCAGCAGGCCAUGUUCAGUGCCUGCUUCACGAUGCUUUCUCUGCAUGGCGGAGGUCACAUCAAGCUGAUCAAGUAAGGGAUGAGGUGAAACUUGUCUGCGAGCAGUGGAAUGACGAGGAACAGGCGGCCCGGCGGCACCACCAACGGAUCACGUGGCAACUCUCGUGUCUACGGUCAUGGGCCUAUCGGUCCAUGACAACCGUGCAAAAUUUCGAGGAUUUGCGGGAUGCUUUCCUGGCAUGGGCACAGGAAAUCCGCUUCGCGAAAGCGGAGGCUCCCCUUGAGCUAUCCAGCAGUGAAGUGCAAAAUGGACCAGAAGCCCAACAAAGAUUGGAAUCGCUUGUGCGCGACAGUUGGAUUGAGAGGAGCUUGUAUGCGAAUGCUCGCCAGCGACGAAAUUGUCACAUAGCUCUUGUGUGGUUCGCUUGGAGGGCAGCUGCGCAGGAGACACGAGUGGCGCGCAAGCGUGAGCGCAGAAAGCGCCGUGCUCAUGUGAUCGAGCAGCAGCGAACUUCGGAGUGGCAGACAUGCACCAAGCGUUUGGUGCUAGACAGCUGGCAAAUGGUCCUGUGUACCAACAGGCGUUUGUGGCUUGAAAAUCGACGUCGAUGGCUGCAGUCGUCGUUAGAGGUCGUUCGACCUGAAAGCGCUCAAGCCAACGAGGCCGACCUGCGAGCGCUUCAGUCAAGUCUUCAAUCGGACUUUCCCUCCAGCCUGCAGAAGCUGACCUUUGGGAAUCCGGGAUCAGAAGCUCUAGAGGAUCUUCUUCGUAGCUGA